CUUACAUUCGUGCGCAUUCUUCGUUCACAUCCGCAUGCUCGUAUUUUGGGUCGCAUAUAUUGUCUCUAUCUGCGAGAAUAACAAGAAUUCAAGAUUUAAAUAAGCGCAUUUCCAUUCCUCUGUAGCUUGCCUCCGUGCAAAACUCGGUCCACUGUAGUUUUGUGCGCCGUGAGAACAGAACAUUACCAUUCCAAACAUGUCAUCCAUCGUAUCAUUUAGAACGACGAGACUUUUCAGAUAGCGUUAUCCGACUAAGCCAAUUUCCCCCGCUCAGCGCCAGAGAACCCAGAAAGAGUUGCAGUAUAGUCAUGGCUGUUUCGCGAACUUCAUAACAAUUAUGUUAACAUUGGAGGAGGGUAUGAUAAAUCAACACCGAGGUCUGUUGGAAUUUUGGGAAGCCAAAUUUUGGGUGAUGAUGCUGUGAGAUCCAAUGGCAUUAUUGGUUGAAACGGAGACCGAAACAUGCAGGCUUCCAGAAGCGCCGAUGGAAGUUGUUUCAGACAACAAUAGCAAGGAAAACAGGCUCAUUGUCACUAACGAUUUAGACGAUUUAGCGGCCGCGGGGAGAAGAACGCCAGUCGCCUAGCCUUGAGUCUUGCAAGCCAUCCCAUCCAGUUAUUCCCUCGCUGUCGCUGUCCUGGGCGUUGUUUUGGGGGCUGUGAAGGUUUUGUCCCGUGAUUUCGCCGUCCCUCUUCUUUGCUCUCUGGCUUUGGCAACCAAAAAAACCAGUCCGCUGCGAGGAACAUUUGCCCAAAGACAUUUGAGGUUUCGCGUGUGCCGUUUUCUAGCUAGUUAGUAGUGCCUUGAUUACUUUGCCUGUGUUCCAUUGUCUGUCCUUAAUCUCCUGCCCUUGCCUGCCCUUUCCUUUUGGUUUCGUAACCUGAUCGAGGUUGGAGGGGUGUGAAUUAUGGCUCAGCAAUUCACUCCGCACAGCGAUUCUGCAGCGCUGGAGACUCCGCGCGUCCCGACUAGAUUGCUCUCGAUAACUGCGCUGGCACGGUUUGAGUUUGAGGCAGGCAAAGGGAAUGAGGGUACGAAGAUUUUGAUGGUGGAAUGGGAGGAUGAUGACCUCACACGGUCUGCCGGCACAUGGCAUGUUUCUUGGGAUGGGAAGCAAACGGUUUUCCCUGCAGAUGAACAGACAUCGGAUCAUGUCCGACGAUGCUAUUUUUUACUCCCUCCCGGCACCACUAUUCCUCCUGUCGUUACUCUAGCCUACGAGCCACCGCCAAGUUCUGCUGCAACGGUUAAAAAACCCGAUUCCGUGGAGGUGAAUCCGCUACCUGCCAUCUUCCCGCCUGAGCUAGGGGCUACUGCUAGAGCUGCUGGCAAGAAAGGAGUGUUGCACACAAUAUGGGCCAAGAAGAGACUGCAGGCUCUGGAGAAGGAGAUCAAAGAAGAAUCAAGAUACAAUCUUGAGGGCGUGGCCUUGGAGAUGGCCCUUCAAGAGAAAGAGUGGAUAGAAACAAACUUUGGCGUUGGCCAACGUCUAGCACCCCUCCAAACGACAAACGUGACGUCCUUGAAUUCUGUCCCUCUUAGUCCUACUACGCCCCUAUCUCCCGGCGGCGGGAGGAAGCUUAGUGAAAAAUUGAAGGGCCUAAAAUUGGGGACGAGUGAGAAGGAUCUCACCCGGAAGCCUCCACUAGCAAACCAAGCUGAAGAUUUAGAGUCCCAUCCCCUUUCUCCAGAAGGGCCAGAUGUGGCAAUAUCCUCGUUCAAUUCGUUCCGUCAUACACCCAUUUCAGAUCCGGCGAAAUCUCCCGUUCGUCAUGCUGUAGCCCACCUCCCGCCCGCUUCAAUACAAGCACAACAGCAGCGGCAACUAUCAGAAGGGGGAUUUGCCAGUCUGGCCACCACGACAAGUGAUCAAAACACGGAUGACGGGUUAUUCGCGAAAGCGCUUAGUCCGCGUUCUCCAGAUAUCCCUCGAAGCCCAUUCUCAUUCUCCCCCGAAGAAACUAUACCCUACGCGAAAAAGAAAUUAAACGAAUCAUGAAAAUUUAAAGUAAACGAUUUGUUCGGAUCCUUUAAAAAAAAAAAAAAAAAGUGAAUCUCACCGUACCUCCAUGUACUUUCCAUCCGCACUUCUAAACCCGAAAUGGAACAAGGGAGAAGUAAACUGAUUUAACCGUUAUUUUGGGUUAGAAAACAUUGGCAAACGCACACAUGCACGAAGCCCUCCUUGUUACUGCUCGCAUUGUCAGCCUAGCUGCUUCCUGACUACAUAGACGAUGAUGCUUUUAUGCCUGACGACUACCUCCUUUUUGCGAACAGCAAAUUCACCGUUAUCUAGCUAUUAUUUAGUACUAUUAUCAUUAUCUUUACUAUUUUGUCUGUCACUCUUCAGCACUACGGAUGUCUCUAUGUUUGUUCCUCGCGUGCGCCGUUGAAUUUACUGGGGGGUUGUUCAUCAUCAUUUCCCCCUAUUGGCCGCCGAGUUUUAAAUACCGAGUAGAAAUGCUACAUUGACGUCCAUUUCUUGCCUGUGUAUCUUUGGGAUAUUUAUUCCUCACGCUGGCUCCUGCACAUUUGUGGAUAGCAUCGAAGAUGCUCUUACCAUGGCCAAACGCGAAGUCCACGGGAAUCUAAAAUGGACAGUGUAUAUUCCUUAAUUGAAAUAGAUCCUACCCUUUACUACCCAAUAGUUGUUGUAAUAACCGUUACACGAAAAUUUAAUGGUUUCCUGAAAAAUAUUGUAGGUAGUGGAAAAGAAAAAGCAUCAGGAUAAGAAGAACACAGCCACACGAAGUUAACCAGUAACAAAUAUGCUAAUUCGUUCGCAUGAACAAUACUCCCGUAAAUCAAAGAAAAACGAACAAAAAAACAAAAAAAAAAAAAAAUCACUGCUUCUUCUUCGAUGACGCACUACUACUACCUUGCCUCGCGACCUUCGGCGGCUCCUUCUUCGCCUCGUUCUCCUUCUUGCUCAAAGCAUCCGCAUCCUGCUGCUCCUUGCGCUCCGCAUACCACUGCCCCGCCUGCAAGACCAAAACGCCAACCAAAACCAGCGCCAGAAUGGUAUUACUCGCCGCCAUGACCUUCAAGCUGUCUUCACGGCCGAGAACCUGGUCUGGCUCAUCGUCCAUAUAAGGGACGCCAUAUUCACCCGAGGAGACGAUGCGCAGGCCCUUGACGACAUUAGCGAUAUAAACGAUGACGCCGCACAUGUAUAAGACGAGGCUGGCGCCGUCGAAGAGCAUGUUGGAUUCAGAGGGCUUGUAGAGUUUCGCGAUGAGGCCGGCGAGGCCGAGGAACAUGACGAUGUGGAGGAUGCGCGGGAUGAGGGGCGGGGAGGCGUGCAUGAAUUUCAGGUGGGUUUCUAGGAACGUGUAGUAAUCGCUAGGCGUUGGUUUGGUGGACCAUAAGAUCGGGUAGUCGUAGGGAAACAUGGAGAAGAUUAUGCCGAGGAAGAAGGAGGUGGCUGUUUUAAUAAUAAGAAGAGUAAUCAGUCAUCAGCCAUGAAAGUUGUUUUGUUUUGUUCAUGUUGAUUUUCCAAAUUCGUCGCUCAAUGCGCCCCCGCUUGUGCUUGAAUUAUGAUGCCAAUUGCGGUUGGCAUAUGGGGGUUCUCGUUCGACGCUGGAUCCUUGGGCGGAGGCGCGGUGAUUUUCAGACUUACGGCAGACAAUAAGGAAGGUCACGAAGGACCCAGCACUCG